UGGAGGUCGGUGACUGGAACCAAUAACCGCGGGUAAUGAUCCACAUGUGUCUGUACGGAUCGGGUGUACUUCCCGCGCCUACAGACCAGGAUACCGAUCUGUCUCGUCCAGUGCCAGACCUUGGGAACGGGCCAGAGGUGACGCGCUGACGACCGCCAGGCUUUGAGAGGAGAACUUCCACCUUUUUUACGGGGAGCAUCUUCACCGGGGGAGCAUCACCCUUCCACUUUGGGACUUUCGGCACAGAGGUGUCGACAAAACUUUCCAGUUCCAUUUGGCGAUUUUUGCGCGCACGCUGUGCUACCCUCUGCGGGCAUAUCCAGCGUUUUGUAUGUAAACAGGCUCUCUUCCUGCGCUUCCUAGUUAAAAACCCCAGAAGAAUCGGGGGAACCUCCUAAUUGUUUCCAAAAAGAGCCACCUAUCUUGCCGUCUUAUUCCCCAGGUUACCAGUUCAACGGGCACCGGGCAGCCAGACCAGGCGAGCUAAGCAUGGCGCCCGCCGGAGUUUUAGUCUUCCUGUCCAUUUGCUGGACUUUGCUGCAAAGAGGAGAGGGACAGUACUACAGUCAGUACACUAACUACGGCGGCGGCGGUAAGGUCAUCGAAAUUACUGAGUCGUACGAGAUAUUUGAUUCCUCGAACCCAUCCGCCAGUUAUCCCACCUCCUAUGGCUACGACAAAUCGUACAACUAUCAACCGCAACCAUCACCAUCUGUUGCAGCUUGUGGAGACCAACACAACCUGUGCAGCGAGUGGGCCAAGAACAACCAGUGCGUGGAGAACUCCGGGUACAUGCUGGAAAUGUGCCCGCAGAGCUGCCGAGCGCCCUGCCCGCAGCGACCGGCCCCGUCUUACCCAUCCUACCCGUCCUACCCCUACCCUUACCCCUCCCCCUACCCAUCCUACCCGUACCCUUACCCCUCGUAUCCAUCGUAUCCUUCGUACCCGUCCUCUUCUGCUGGGUACUACGUCUCGGCAGCAGAGUUCUACCAGCUGCAGGUGAACGUGAGCGGGAUCUGGCAGAUCCUGAACAUCACCCACCCGGACCUGGUCCUCAACAUCACCGCGGAGAUGAAGAAGAGACUCGAGAGCAGCAGCACGUCCACAACGUCAACAUCAUCAACGACGACGACAACAACAACAACAAGCGGCUCUGGAUUCGGCACCGGUGCGGCGGGGUCAGCGUCUUGCUGCGCGGGAGUGAAGUGUGUUCCCCGGGACAAGCUGUCCUGCUCCCUGAACGAACAAGUCCUGCCGUACGGGGAGUGUUGCUACGAAUGUCUAGGAGAGACCGGGUACAGGUACGGGCACUGUGACAUGCUGCCCAACACGGCCAUCCCGCUGGACCAGCAAACGCCUAUCGCUGGUUAUGUUGACGUUAGGCAAAAGCUUAGCGGCGGUAAGAUUGAAGUGCGCAUGCAGGUGCUGGGCUUCGAUUCCAAGAGCCGGUCUUACGGCAUCACGGUUCUGCAGUACGGGGACCUGAGCCGCGGCUGCCUGUCUGCGGGCGACCAUUACAAUCCCUUUAACUACACUCACGGCGGCCCCAAGGACCAGAUUAGGCACCUGGGUGACUGGGGUAACGUGGAGGCCGACUCCACUGGCGAGGUGAACGCCAUCAUCAAGGACGAAGUGGCGUCACUGGUCGGACCCUACUCCAUCAUUGGUCGCACUAUUGUGAUCCAUGCCAACGAGGACGAUUUAGGAAGAGGAUCCAGCCCCGAGACCAAGAAGACCGGUAACGUGGGGAAGCGGCUGGCGUGCUGCGUGCUGGGCCACUCCGACGGCACACACUGGAAGGACCUGGAGAAGCUCAGGAAGAGGAAACGGGAGGCGGUGCGCGUGGAGGGGCCCUCCGCCCAGAGAGUCGUGCGGUCCCCCCGCAGGAACUAACGUGAAGGGGACACGGUAAUCUCCAAGCAAAUUCGGUGGGGCAAGG